GCCCAGUAGAGCUCUACACAGCAGCUUCUGCAGGAAACAGAAAGAUCAGCUGUGUCUACUAUAAGAAAGGAUCUCCAAAAAAGGAAAAAACAUUGGUUUGCGGUCAAGAUGAAGUGUAUACUGCGGGGUUUUCUGCUCACAUGUGUCCUGUGCUUGACUGAAGCAAUUAUAGGAGAGAUGGAUGAAAGGUGGAAAUCUUCUUCAACUUCUGUAAAUGGCGAGUGCAUACUUGACAGAGAUGAGAACAAAUACACAGGAAAAGUGUCAGUGACUGUCAAUGGACGGAUUUGUGUAUCAUGGAAUUCCCUCCAAGGCUCACGAUACUCUGCCUUCAAAAACUGCUAUCAUAACUACUGCAGGAAUCCAGAUGACAGGACUCAGCCAUGGUGCGUUGUAAAGAAAAGAAACCGUUAUGUACGGGAAUACUGUGACAUUUCUCGGGAGGCAAUAAAGCCAGCCAUACGUCUACCAACACCCGAGCCAAUAAAGCAGGACACAGAGUUAACAUGUGGGGAGCGCCGCUUGGACCGCCAUUCAAAGAUAAUAGGAGGAUCAAGGUCAACUGUUGAGUCACAGCCUUGGAUGGCAGCUAUCUUUAAAGGAGAUGGGUUUAUUUGUGGAGGAACCCUCAUCGCUCCAUGCUGGGUUCUCACUGCAGCCCACUGCUUCCCUACUGGUAAGAGAACACAAAUAAACAGAUACUCUGUGGUUUUGGGAAAGAAUGCCAUCAAUGAAACCGACCAAGACAAGGAGCAGAAAUUCACAGUGAGCCGACUUGUCAUCCACAAGGACUUUGACUACUCAACUGAAAACUACACUCACGACAUUGCUCUGUUGAAGAUAGAGGACUACAAUGGACGAUGCGCAGUAAAGACAAAGACUGUAAGGACCGCGUGUCUUCCUCCUUUCCAGCAAAUGCUUCCUGUUGGAUUCUACUGUGAGAUCGCUGGUUACGGAAGAUAUCAAAAGGGUAACUUUGAGUUCUCUCGAUAUCUGAAGCAGACUCAAGUGAAGCUUAUUUCCCAGAAUGUUUGCCAGAGAACGUAUUACAAUAAGGACGAGGUCAAUGAAAAUAUGCUGUGCGCAAAUGGUAGAGACUGGAAAGCAGAUGCUUGCCAGGGUGACUCAGGAGGGCCCCUGGUGUGUGAAGUAAAUAACACCAUGUUUAUAUUUGGCAUCAUUAGCUGGGGAAAAGAGUGUGCAGAAAAAAAUAACCCAGGUGUUUAUACAAAAGUCAGCAACUACAAUCAGUGGAUCUCACAGCAUACUGGUUUGCCCAGAUAUACAGCAGGCUUCAGGUAUCCACAAAAGGACUAACUAUGACUGAACAAAUGCUUAGUGACACAGGGUAAUGUUUCAGCCUGCACAGAAUGCACGUGCCAAUUAUUUAUCCCAUUCGCAUUAUAUAUGGCAGCUACUUCUUGCAAUCAAUAGGAAUAAUCUUUAACUGCUGUAAUUGCAUAAGUGUUACUAGUGGUGUAUGAAGGAUAUGCAGAAUGAGUGUAUGAUCAUGUUUAUAGCAAUAAGCAUGUAAUAAGUGCUCCACAAAGGUACAUUUGUUCAUUUGGCUGGGCAUUAUGUUUGUUUGUUUUAUAUUAAUUGUUAUUUUUUAUAAUAUAUUAUUUAAUAUUUAUACAAGAAUGU